GUGCUCAUUGGCCAUGAAUCAUUUGCCCUGGACAAGCCUCUGCCAAAUAAUCAUCGAUUUCGAUGGAUUCUUUUUGUGCGCCCAAUCAUAGGGUCAAAGUUUACGGACAGGACAUUUCUUAGCAAGAAUGGUCUUGCGUUCUGGAUAUUAAGACAGAACAUGUGUUGGGGAUCUCCAUGGUGGAGUGGCACUGCAUCCCCAUUGGCCGAACCGUUGGUUCGAGUGGCUCAAAGGAGCCGCCUUUCGACAUUGGCGAAGAAAACUGGUUAUGCAUCGUUCACCCCAAAACUCAUUAUCUAUUUCAACACUCCUCAUGCUAAGCCGUAUCCGGUGCAGUAUGACAUGAACCUCAAGCUUGAGAAGCAUGCAUUUCAUCAACAAGAAAUGACCUUUGCUAUGUCGGAUGUGACUCCGUCGUUUCUUGACUUGGUACGACGCUUCUGUGGAUCCACUGAUGGAAAAAGGAAGAAGCGCGAUGGCGAGGCGUCAGCAAAUCGCACGAAAAAGCCAAAACCGGAUGAUGGAAAGAAUCAUAAUGAUUAUAGUAUGAAAGAAGGAAAAGAAAGCGAAAAGAAGAAAGAUCCUGGACGUGAGAGUGAAAAAAGUAAAAAGAAGACCAAGCGCUCGUCUAAGGACUCAAAUGAAGGAACAGAUCGUGAAACGAUUCCUGCUCGCGAUGCUUCGCCAGAGUCUUCACCGAAGGACUCUUCAACUUUGCGUCUAACAAUCACACCUCAACGACCAGUCAAAGUCGCGCCAAAUAAGGCCGAGGAUCGCGGUCAGGACAGUUCCAGCGAUUCGUCCUCUGUGUAUGACUCUUCUCCGUCGUCGUCAUCAUCUCUUGGGGCUUCCAGUCCUGCAUCGCGAAGAGCACUGCCACUUUCUGAAUUGCAUCGUCGCUUGACGUCCCUCACGGACGAAAAUUUGAUAUUCAGGCAGGGUAGCCGAAAUUCUGCUUACGCACCCUACAUCGACCACAAUGUUGCUGCCUUCGAAGCCGAGUAUCUCAUUCGAUCUCACAUCAGCAGAUGCUGCUCUUGUUGCCAAGCUAAGUCAUGUACUUGUGAAGAACGAAUAAAAGAAAACCGAUCCGCUGCAGCCGGUAAGGUUAGCAGGUCCGUCGUAGGCGGCCGUUUCGAGAUUCAGCCGUGGAUACAAAGCCAGGUGAACACGGAUGGCCUGGGAGUCGAGCGUUUGGAUAACGUCCAUGUG